GUCGGAAGUUUUCAAUGUUCCCUCCAAAAAAGUGAUGCUAUGGACCGGAAGUUGCGCAACACUUUGGCAGGUCCGCACUGAAUUACCAGUGCCAUCGGGAUGCCUUUGGAGAUAGACAGUGUCUGCAAGCAUGUCAGAGGGAAUCAACAACCUUUUGGAGGUAUACAGAUGCUCCUUAGUGGGGACUUUUUCCAACUUCCUCCUGUUCCAUCUCCUCAGUAUGGAGACACUGGCAACUAUGUUUUCUCCUCCAUACUUAUUGAUUUCUUCCACCAUAUCAAUCUUACCGAGAUUCAUCGACAGAAAGAGGAGGAUUUUGCAUGUACUGUCAGAGGUGUCACAAGAGGCCAUUUAGAGAGGGAAAGCCUGCUGCUGUUGAAAAGGCUUGACCGGACCUUGCCGCCAGGGGACCCCCCCCCCCCCCCCCCCCCCCCCCCCCCGUGCAUCUUUAUGCAAAAAACUUUGAUGUAG